AUGGCCGACGUAAUGUCUCAACCAUCACAGCCAUUCGUCUCCAAGUGGGCGUCCCGGUAUCGCGGGGCAACAGUAGAAGACCUCGACCCACCCCCCGCCCUCUCCCUCACCCCCUCCGACCCCAUCUCCCUCGCCCUCCUCUCCGCCUUUGAGCGCGACUACACCCACCUUACCAUCGUCUCCUCCUCCAACCGGGCCCUUUUGGGGUACAUCUCCAUCCCUCACCUGCAAUCCCUCCUCGAGUCAGGGAAAUGCAAACCCGAAGAUGAGAUCAGAUCGGCAAUGAUCAGGUUCCAGCGCAAGGGGGCACGGUACACAGUCAUCACCAUGAACACUCCUCUCGAGGAGUUGGAAGGGUUCUUUGAGGGCAAGGACAAUGGCGGGCAGAAGCAGGAUUUUGCCGUGAUUACGGAUAGCGGGAGGAGGUUUGUUUUGGGGGUGGCGACGAGGGAGGAUUUGGAGGAGUUUGUCAAGAGAAGGCCUGCGUAG